AUUCUGUGCCUGGCCCUCCCCAGGGAGGCUUUAGGGCCAGCCCAGUCAGGAUUUCUCCCAACAAAACAAAUCCCGAGGUUUGUGCCACACAGGGAGGGGAGUUUGGAGCGCCAGAGCCGCCUCCUUGGCUGAGGAGCUGUGCAGAUAAGAUUUAUUAGGUGUGGGAUGGGAUCAAACAGUUCCCAGAUAAUCCUUGAAACAGCAAAUCUCAACCACAGGGCUUUGUCUCUGCCCUUAAAUCAAACCUGGCUGGGCAGAUACUGUGUAUUAUUUUUAGGAAAUUUUCUCUCUUUUAGGAAAUGUGGCAUUCCACCAGUUUUAAGCUCUGUGUGUGUGCGAAGCUCUGCUCAUCCGUGGAUUGUUUUUGUGGGGCUCCUGAGCUCUGUGCUUCCCAAGCCAUGAACUUGAUUUUCCCACUCUUGCACAGCCUCAAUUGCAUUUCAGUUUAAAAACCUGCUGAAGGCUCCAUGGGAGAUUUGGGGAUUGUCAGCCCAAAAUGUGGGAGAAUCAUGCUCUGUAUUCCUAUGAUGCAUUUGCCAGCACAGAGCAUAAAAUGCAGGGAAAGUAAUGAAGUGUUGGAGGAAGCAAAGCAUUCGGGACAAUUUUGGAAAGAAAGAGCGGUGAACAAACAACUCGAGUUGUGUUUGAGAGCCGGGGUGGGAACUGUGCAGGGCCCUGAGGAUGCCAGGAGGGAAAAGGUGAAGCCAGAGCAGCUCCCGGUGUCACCUGAGCAGAGUCAGAGCUCCGAGUGGCUUUGGCUCUGUUCUGUGUCACCCCGGGCACACCGGGCUGAGGAACUCUGGGCCCUUUUAUCUCCCUUCCAACCAAAACCCCGAGAGCUGGCGGUGCCCCAGGGCUGGAGCUGCCCCCUGGCACCGCCCUGGGCACCGCGUGUGUUGUUUCAGUGCAAUGCCAACCCCUGCUUCCCGAAAGUGCAGUGCAUUAACACCAGCCCCGGCUUCCGCUGCGACCCCUGCCCGCCCGGCUUCACGGGGCAGCUGCUGGAGGGGGUGGGACUGGCCUUUGCCAGGGCCAACAAGCAGGUGUGCACCGACAUCAACGAGUGUGAGACUGGAGCUGCCACCAAUUGUGUCCCCAACUCCAUCUGCAUCAACACUCGGGUAAAUCCUCGGGGAU